UUAGUGGUGGGAGAAAAGCUCGAUGCAUCGAUGCAUCGCGAUUCGUUAUCUAACGAUCCAGAAUCGAUUCUCAAAAAUUCAGAAUCGAUUCUGUGUUCAAUUCAAAUGCGAGCGCUGUCAAGACUCACGUGACCAAACAAAAAAGACGUUGAUGGACGACCGUUCAUAUGCUGGUGAAUUAGCUUAGUUUAAGAUAAAAUGGACAAACUACGACCUGCACCAUCUCAUUUAAAAUCGGAUGUGUGGCAACAUUUUGGAUUUUCUGAAGACACCGAAGGUGUCGUUGAUAAAAGCCAUACUGUGUGCAAAGUCUGUAGCGCCAAAUUCAAAUAUUUCGGCAACACGACUAACAUGAAGAAACAUAUUACGCGGUUCCACUCAGAGCUGGAGAAACAGCAUUCUCUUCCAAUCACGAACACUCCCGGUUACAUUCAAAGGACCCUGGAUCAAGUAGCAAAGCUUCCACCGAAUUCUGAAAAGGCAAAACGAAUUACCCGAUCAGUGGCGGGUUUUAUUGCCAAAGAUCUGCGCCCGUACUCCGUUGUGGAAAACCAAGGAUUUCGCACGAUGUUACAGGUACUUGAGCCACGAUACACUUUGCCCUCGCGUCGUUAUUUUAGUGAGACGGCUGUCCCCGCACUCUACAGUGAGUGUAAAGAUCACAUCUUAGAAUCCCUAAGUAAUACGGACAGAGUGGCAAUAACAUGCGAUGCAUGGACAUCAAUUACAACAGAAUCGUAUGUCACUAUUACGGCACACUACAUUACAGAUGAGUGGAAGCUUGCAGCUUGUGUUCUGCAAACGCGUGCUAUGAGCGAAAGUCACACAGGGGCGAAUAUUGCUGAACUACUGCACAAUGUUUCAGACGAAUGGAAAAUUCGGAACAAAGACUUGGUUUUGGUGAGUGACAAUGCCUCUAACAUGGCUGUUGCAGCACAGCUCGGCAAGUUUUCACAUGUUAGAUGUUAUGCGCACACACUGAAUUUGGCUUCCCAACGAGCGCUGAAGUUGCCGUCUGUGUCAAGGUUGUUAGGGAGAGUGAGGCGGAUCGCGACUUUUUUCCACCGCAGCGCAAUUGCAAACCAUCAGUUGAAGGAGAAGCAAAAACAACUAAAUCUUCCGUCUCACAAACUGAAAUCAGACGUCAUCACUAGAUGGAACAGCGCAUACGAGAUGCUUGAAAGAUUUCUUGAACAACAGCCGGCUGUCUGUGCUGCGUUACUAUCACAGGAGGUGAGAAAAGGAGCGGCUGAAAUCUUCACUCUCACGGAAUCCGAUAUUUCAUGCAGUGAGGAUGUGAUAACUGCUCUUAAGCCUAUGAAAGAUGCCACACUUCUGAUGUCAGAGGAGAGCAGCCCCACUGCGUGUUUAAUUGCCCCAUUGCAUGCUAAACUGAUCCAGGACAUGAAAGAAAACACUGAGGAAAAAUCAGUGAUGAUCAGGGAGAUAAAGAGGGUCAUAUGUGAGGACCUCAGCAAAAGGUACACCACUGACCAGGAGACUAGCCUUCUUAACAAAUGUGCUUCUCUCGACCCACGCUUUAAGGCACUGCCUUUUCUUUCCAAAGAAAAGAGAGAGGAAACUUACAAAACACUGAUCACUGAAGCUUCAUCAUUACAAGAGCAGGAAGUGCCUGACAAUCUAGAAGACAGCACUGUGAAAGAAGCCAACAUCUCAGUGAGCCCACAGCCUGAAGUCACAGAGUUGCAGGAUGACUGUCCUACUACUUCAAAAGGAAGAGCUUCAUUUCUGCUUCACAAUCUGCUGGGGCAGACCUUCUCUGAUGCUUCAGAUACACCAUAUCAUCAGUCACCCUCUGCCUUGGUUGAAGAAGAGAUGACCAGGUAUUGCAGUACCCCACCACUCUCUCUAACAGAGGACCCCCUCAACUGGUGGCAUGUCAACAAGGUGUCAUUUCCUGUGCUCUCCAAAAUGGCAAAGAGAUAUUUAUGCAUUCCAGCAACCAGUGUGUCUGCAGAGAGGGUCUUCUCCACUGCAGGUGAUAUUGUGACAGCACAGCGAAGCACACUUACUUCUGAACAUGUGGACCAACUGCUGUUCCUACACAAAAACUUAGUAUUAUAGUAUUAUAUAAGAUAAACUAUGGUAGGCCAGCCUAGAUGUUGAAUAUUUAAGUUUGUAUUUAAUUUGUUCCCUGACAUUUUUCUUCUGCAUUAGCCUGUUUUAAAGAUUUUUUUGUGUGUGGCUCUAGACAUUUUUUGUUAAAAUGUUCAAAAUAAACUGAAAAAUUAUCACACUUUUGUUUUGUCACACAAAUUGAGUGUGUUUGAGUGUGCAAAUUGAUUACACAGUGUGCCUAUUGAUCACACAAAUUUUUUUUGUCACAUAAAUUGUCAUACAAAUUGAGAACUGUUUAUUCUUAAUGAUUGUUCAUUGCAAUUGUAUGGCUUACCAUUCAUUCAGAGUUUGUUAAUCCUGAAAAUAACUUUGUUAAUAAAUUAAAAGUAUUGAAAAAGAAAUAUUCAUAAUCAUUUUUAAUUUGGCAAUACUGUCAAACAGAUAUUCUAACUAUAUACAAAAAGCAUAGUAACUCCAAUUUUGGUUAAAAUAAAAAGUUUAGAGUAUUUUUUGCACAGCAGGAUAAUUAAUUAAGAAUCGUUUUGGGAAUCGGAUCGUUCCUCCCAGAAUCGGAAUCGGAUCGAAUCGUUAAGUGCCUUAAG